CAGUCAUCAGCGGGACGAAAGCGUACGUACGUACAGUGAGCUGACAACACGGCAAUGCGGACGAAGAAGGGCAAAAACGAGGGGAAUAGUCCGGUUUAUAGUAGCCCAGCCGGUCGGGGCUUUAGCUGGUGUUAAGGAAAAAUUAAGCCAGGACUUCGUCUUCGAAACCUCCGACAAAAGGACCUUAGUUCGAUUUGGAAGUAGCUUCGGAGCGGAUAUUUCCCUGCAAAACCCUGAACCACAUCCGUAUUCCCAGCCCCGGUCGUAUGGAAUCGUCUGCUCCAAGAAUGAUCGCUUGAAUAUUUUUAUACUGUAUCCUUUUCCCCCCCCAUCACCGCUUCCCAUUUUUACAGACUCGCUAUGGUGGACUCCCCUACCAUGAGGAAGACUUUUGUGGUCCCAGACAUAAAAUCAUUGGAUUUGUAUGACUGCACUAAAUCAAAAAUAUGCGCAAGUGUCGGAUGGCUGCUGGCAAAGUCCUACGGCAGCACAGAAAAUGUCCCUGCAGAGCUGCGUGACCCUUUCUACUGUGACCAGUAUGAACAGGAGCACCUUAAACCGCCAGUAACACACCUCCUGCAGUCAUCAGAGCUCUACUGUCGCACCUACAACAUAUUACUGGGUAGUACUGCAACUGAGGCUCAGCCAAAAGAUAACGCCACCCUGCUGCAGCUUCUAACUCAGAGAGGCGUCGUUGCCAAAGACCAGGACACAACAGUGACUGAUGCUGACCUCCGACAUAAACCCAUCAAAAUGAGUGCUCAUCUGGCAGUGAUGGAUGCUUUGAUGGCUGUGGGAGCCAUGGAGACAGUGACUGCGGUGAAGACAUGUAGUUCUGCUGAGCUCCUGGGAAAAGCAGCCAGCUGGGAAGAUGCUCUGCUUCACUGGGUUAAUGAGUUGAACCAGAAUCUGAGAGAACGUACUGAAGGAGCCCAGAAUGACUUGUCUGAGACCAUUACAGACCCCCAACCUGUUCAACCAUCAUGUCCUACUCGCUGGUACUGGAAACUUGUUCCUCUCCGCUAUAGGAAGGAUAAAAUUCAGUCCAAACUAAAGCCAGUUUUUCCAGUAGUGAAUGAAGUUAAAGACCUGUCCAGUGGAUGUGCUGUUGCUGCCGUCAUACAUUACUAUUGCCCCGGCCUUCUGAGACUUGAAGAUGUUUGUAUGAAGGAUUCCAUGUCUGUAGCAGAUAGCUUGUACAACCUGCAAUUCAUCCGUGAAUUUUGUGACAGCUGCCUAAAGAGCUGCUGUCACUUGGCACUGGAGGACAUGUUAUAUACACCACAGGAACUUCAGAUGAACUUGCUGAGCUUCCUGGCAGAACUGCUUAGCUGGUUUGAAGUACAAAGACCAGAAUUUGUGCAGCCAAUAGAUAUGUUAAGCGAAUCUACACCAGUAACACCAAGCAGCUUGAGUGAUAACAGUACCUCCCCCUCUAUAUUCAAGAAGCCUUUCCUCCCAAUUUCCUCUUCUGCAUCAGGAUCUUUGACUCAGUCUACCUCAAUGUCUCAUAUAGAAGGAGCUGGAAAGACAUGGAGCAAGAAACCUCUGAGCCGGCCAUUGUCAGCAGUAUCCUUCAGCAUUCCUUUUGGGCUAGACAGCGACGUAGACAUUGUGAUGGGCAACCCUGUAAUAACCCGCUCUGUGAGCUCAGAUCAGCUGAACCCAGCUGGUCAAAAUAUGGCAAGGGUGCCCUACACCCCUCCCGAAGACCUCAGUCAUUUGCUUAGCAAACCUUCAGGACCUAAUGGUCCACAGAGAGCAUCCUGGGCCACCCAGACUCCCACUGUUCCUAAGUUGGCAGAGGAGAAUGACCUCGGGACAAGUGAAACAGGAGAGCUGCCUACAAUUGAAGAGGCUCUUCAGAUUAUUCACAAUGAAAGCAAAAUGGAGCCUCGUUUACACCCUGAUGGUGCUCCUGACGGCUUCUACCUCCACUCUCCUGAUGAUCCUGCUAGUUCUCGCUAUAAUGGCAAUUUACCACCAAUCAGCUCCUCUGCACCAACCCGCUCAGGAAUGAUGUAUCGGCCAACAGGAGAGUCCAGUGAAUCCACUCGCACUAGAAACACUUCUGAAUGUUCACGAGAUGAUGACUCAGUUUUGAGAGACGGUAGUGUGGAUUCAGAUGCAUCAGAAGACAUGCCUAAAGCUCAGUCCACUCCAUCAACACCCGGUGCUGCAGGUGGUGCUGCUAUUAGAGCUGGUAAGGAGGUUCCUGACAGUGGUGUGAAGAUGACCAGUUUUGUAGAACGGAAAAAGAAACAGAUUACUGAUUCUCCAAAAUCUAGUGAUUCUCCUCAGAUGACAUCAUGGGCACAGAAGUCUGAAGAAAGCCCCAGCAAGAGCCCACAGCUGAAUAAUGAGAUGUCGGAGUUGGGGGUUCGGCUUGAAGAAAAGCGCAAAGCCAUCGAAGCUCAGAAGAAACGCAUUGAGGCCAUUUUUGCAAAGCAUAGGCAGAGACUAGGAAAGAGUGCCUUUCUGCAAUUAAAGAAAGAGCACCGUGAGGGGAAAGGAGAAGAUGGCCAGGUCAGUACCUCAUUCACAGAAGAAGACCUCUCUCGCUUGACACUUGAAGAGCGGCUAGCACGAAUCGAAUUGGAAGAUCAACAGGAACAAGAUGAAGAGCACCCCACAGUGGAAGAUGAGGGUAAUGUUAAAAGAGGACUUGCGCUCAACAAGCAGGUCAAAGAGAAGGCAGGUACACCAGGAGAGAAGCACCAUGCGACACCUACUGACAAAGUGGUUGCUCCUUUAGGGGACUAUAACAACGCAGUGUCCAAGCUAACUGCAGCUCUUAGCUCCCUGCAAAGUGACAUGCAACGACUGACUGAGCAGCAAAAUCAGCUAAUGAAGAAAAAACCGUCACCUUCCAAUAACAAGUCUUGGGUUAUUCCAACCAGCCCUAAAACCUCCACCUCAGCCCCUCCUCCUGCACGCCUGUCACGAGAAACCACUCGAGAUUUAAAUUCGGCCUCCUCUUCUCCGUCUCCAUCACGCAAAAUCACAAACCACACCACUUCUCCUAAAUCUCCUCAUGUACAUCGAAGAGCCCAGUCUGUACCUCCUAAAAGCCCAAAACACAGUCGUCCAUCAGACACUAAAGUCCCCUCCCUGUCGAGGGUUCUUACCCCACCUACAAAUGUAGACCGCAUCCCCCAUCUUCGUCGUGUAAAUCCCUGGCAAUCUCAAGUACAGACUUCAUCCUCAUUCUCCAUUGGUGACUCCGGUAGCCUAGAUGAGCUGCGCUCAUUAGGACCAACUCCUGUGCCAACAACUACACUGACCCCAAUACCAGCUUCUACCCCAACUCCAGGUCCUGGUGCAGAUGACGGCCUGUCAGAAGUAGGCUCCAAUGAUGGACAAAGUAUAUUUAGUAUGGACCUUGAGGUCGGGUCCAAUCAUGGUCCAUUGACUAGAAAGGAAGGCGUUGCAGGAGGGGGCUACAGCUCUGGUGCCCCAUCUGAAUGUUCUUUUGAGAGUGAUGCACCUGCAGGGAUGUUGAAUGGCAAACGCAGUAGCCUGAUAGAGAUCUCACUGUCUGCCUUGGGAGGAGAUGAUGAGGAGGAUGACCAAGUGCCUGAUGCUCUCUCUGACUCAAUGAGUGACCUCACAGAGGCAGAGAAUAAAGCAGCAGUUGGUUUCUUUUUCAAGGAUGACAAAGAUCGACCGGAGGAUGAAAUGGCUCAGCGAAAAGCAGCUUUUCUUGAAAAACAGCAGAAGAGAACAGAAGAGAUGAAAAGACGAAAACUUGAGCAGGAAAAAGAAAAAGAAUCAAACAAGCCCCAGUGGAUGAUCAUUGAAGGCUGGGGCAGUAAAAAUGAGGACAGACCACAGACCCCAGGCACUCCUCCCAAAACCCCACCAGCAGAAGGCACUCCUCAACGUAGAGGAGACUUCACUAAGCAGGAAUAUGAGAGGAGACAGCAAUUGAAGAUCAUGGAAGACUUGGACAAGGUUCUGAAGCAGAAACCCACUACAGUGCGUGGUGUCAAGAAGCAGAGACCUAAGACUAUGUUCAGAGAUGACUCUGUGCUCUCUCAGAGUCCUGUCAAAGGUUUCAUGGGCACUAAGCUCAACAAGGUAUACUCCCAUUCAUCCAUGAACCUGUCCUCCAUGGCUAAUGACCCUGGCGGUAUGACCGUCAGGAAGUCACCCAGUCGUUCACACUCUCCUGCUCGAUCACGGGGAAGGUCCCCAGGACGAAUUGGUGUUCAGAAUGGAGAGAAGGACUGGGAGACUGGCUCCGCUAUUUCCUCCCCUGCUUCUAUCCCAGAAUAUACAGGACCAAAGCUGUACAAGGAGCCUAGCUUUAAGUCCAACAAAUUCAUCAUCCAUAAUGCUAUCACUCGUUGCUGCCUGGCUGGGAAGGUCAAUGAACCACAGAAAAACAAGAUUGUAGAGGAAAUGGAGAAAAGCACAGCCAAUCACUUUCUUAUCCUCUUCAGAGAUUCCAGCUGCCAAUUCAGAGCGGUUUAUACCAUGAACCCUGAAACCGAUGAGAUGGCACGGCUAACUGGCAUUGGCCCGCGAGUCAUCACGCUUGAUAUGGUUGAGUCCAUUUACAAGUACAGCUCAGACCGCAAGCAGUUCACCGUCAUCCCGUCCAAAACCAUGUCCAUGAGUGUUGACGCUUUCACCAUCCCUGGCCAUUUUUGGCAAAAGCGCCCAGGAACUCCCAAAAAGUUUGGCACUCUCAAAUAAAGACUUAUCCAAUAAAGGUAGAGGUGCUUUUCAGGGAAUCCAUUCCCAACUUGACUUUUCAUUUCCCUUGAUUUUGGCCAGUGUGGCAGUUGAGAUUGUUAUUCAGUUAGAAUAACAGAAAACAGAUUGAGUGACUUUGGACAGCUAUCCACGUGGAGCUAACACUACAUGCUAAGAGAAUGGGCCAAGCACCUACUCACUCAGCCAGUGUGCUUAGAAUAGUUUAUCUCUGGUCUACCUAGAUUGUAAAAUAAUGCAACUGAUUCAGGACAACAACUCCCCCCCCACCCCCCUCAUGCCUUGCCUUACCCUGCCAUGCCCGAGUCAUUUUUGCGACUCUAAGGUAAGAAAAAGAGAGGACAACCACACUGCCUUUGCCUGCAAAACAGUACUUAGGGCACGAGUAGUUCCCACCCAUCUCAGUUCUGCUUGCAUUUGCCUUUUCUACUUCUAGGGCUCACUCUUUCCACUCUGCUGAAACAAGUCUAAGGUCUCAGUUUUGAUUGGAGACUUCAGCUGAAAAUUAAUAGCAGAUAACACUGCUCCCAAUGAAUGUAGGGCACACACUAACCAUUCAUUCCAUUCAGGGGUGUUUUCACUGUUUGAAUCUAUUAUAGUGAAUGGUCCUUCUGCACUGGUAGUGACUGCUGUCAUUGUCAGUGGACUUCCAGACCUAGGAAAUGCUUGUGCCACAUAGUUUGUGAACUCCAUUCAAUCUCUCAGCUGUAGACAUCUGGAUGUUUUUUUUAUACCAUUUGCCAUGUUUUUGCUGGACAAAAUUAUUCACUCUUUGAGAACUAAAAGAAAAAUGAAAUUCAUGUGACUUUUUCCCUAGUAGCUCGCUUUUUUCAUUUUCAACACGUGAUGAAUUGAAAUGUUAUUUGAGCUUAUCUUGAAAAAUAAACCUGGAAACAUGAAGGAGGGCUUUAUCGUGUUUAUCUUGGAUACAGCUCUUUGUGAGAAUGAUAAUCAAUGAUAAUUUAAUAUAUACUGAAUGCUAAUUAAUUUGAUUUUUUUUUGACAAUGAUUUGUAAAACGUUGACCUUUGUAAGCUAUGAAUAAGCUAGCCUGCUGCAAAGUAUAAGUGAGAUGUAUGUUUGAGUUGCGAAUGAGUGAAUGAGAAUGAAUAGAAUUUGAAACAGUUUGUCUUGGGAUGAAUAAAUCCUUUAGGUCACUA